GGAUAGAUGUAAAUGUCCGUCACGACACGGAGGAGGUAUAUGAGUCUUGUCGUGCUGUCUUAUCAUGACUCUUCGGAUAUAGUCUCUCGAGUUAAGAGUUCUUAAUUCUACCUUAUUCGAUGACCGAAAUAUUUCUCGAUUGAUGUGAACUCGGCUUCUCACAUCACGUGUCAAUCUUUGAGUUAGGGUCAUUUGAUAAUAUCACACUUUCAUUAGUUUUGGUGAUUUCUAAUGUUGUGUUCGUGUCGGGAGUUGCGGGACCCACGUGUGUAUCCUUACCGGUUCUUCUUGCACAAUAAAAAUAAAGAUAAAGAUAAAAGGUGGUUAAGUUGAAUGUUGGUGACUGAAACUUUCAUGAAGCCUUCUUUUAAUUUGAAGAUAAUGGCAGUAUGUACGUCUCUCCCUCGACUCUUCCCCUGCGGUCUCGUUGUGCCUCUAGCUCUCCGGCAUCAUCUCUCAUGCAUGGACUCGCAGCGCAAAUUGAUGGAGUUCCCGCACCUAUCGGCCGCUCAUAGGGAUCUGAUGCUAAGUCUUAUUAUGGCCUUGGAGAGCCGUCUUGACUCGCAUCUCCUGCCGGUUUCGGUGCCCCCGGACGUGGAAUUCUAUCAGAACGAGACCACUGGUUCUCAAGGUUCUCUUUGCGUUAGAAAAGGCCAUCAUUCUUCUCCUAUUGACUUCAUGCUUGCGAGUUGGCUACACUUGGAGCAACCAAAUGGGGAUGUGUUCAACAUUACAAAUUUGCAAGUCUACCUAAAACCAACAGCCAAUGCACCACACUUUCAAUUCGAGCUAGUCCAAUGCAACCCCACAUAUCUUAUUUUCUUCCUUGAUUUAACUCCUAGAAAGGACCUUGUCCUCAAUCCCGACUAUCUCAAGACUUUCUACGAAGACAAUCAACUCGAACCACUUAGACGACAACUUAACGAAUUAGUCCCUGAAUCCCAACCCUACUUCUCCUCGUCCCUCUAUUUCCGUCACGUUAUGUCUCCCACCGGGAUCUUGGUCAGCAUCAAGAGUCAUGAGGCAGCUGAUGGACGCGUUGAGGAGAUUAUACGUGACAAUAUUAGUCUGAUAGCUAAUGAGGUUCUGGGUUUGUGGAUUGAUAAAUGUGAUUUCGAGGGAUGUGGUAAUGUUGUUGGGGAAACUGAGAAAAUUGAAUUGGAGAAGAGGGAUUAUAUGAUCAAGAGCAAGGCUAUUCAAUUGGAUUUGUUCACUACCAUGCCCUUGUAGUUUGGGCAAGAGGUGGCGGACCGAGUCUUGGGAGUUAUGAAAACUGUUUUUAAUAUUUGACUACAUAAAAUAUGUAAUCAACACUAUAUAUAUGGGUGCGGUUA